AUGUUCCUACGAGUUAACAAUCAUGUUGCUAAUGAUGCCACUCAUGUUACUAGAAGUAGUUUAACGUAUAAAGUUAAUAACUCUUCUACUGGAAAAGUGGGGUCGGGUUCGUCAAAGGAACGUUUGGAACAAUAUGACAAGAAAAGGAAAGUUGAUGUUAAAUCAGAGUUACAAACUUCAGGUUUAUCAAAGAAAAGUACUAAAGAAGUCAGGCAGUGGACAAAGGACAAUAUGAUGACAAGAUCAAAGAGGAGCAAGUUAAAUGCAGAAGGCAACCAAACCUCCCGUGCUAAUGAAAAUGGUAGAGUAUCCUUGUCUCCAAUAAUUGCACAAAGAAAGUCAGCUGGAGCUUUGAAAAGACAUCAGCUUGAUGAGUUGAAUAAUCCUGGUGGCAAUAAUGGAGAAGGUAGAGGGAGUUCAGUCGGCAAAAGGCAUUUGCAGGAUGAUGUUUUGCUUUUUACACCAAUUGCCCGCAGGACUAGACGGUCCUUAGCAGUAAACCCAUUGAUUAAUGUCAGUGAUGAUGCUGAAAUGGAUACAUUAGAUUGUCCUAAAGGAAGGAGAUCUCUUAGGAUUAGGAAGCUGUCUAAUGAUGACAAACGAUCCGAGACAUUAGUUGGUUCAUCUAAACCAUCUGCACAACCUGAAGAUAUUGGGAAACAUACUGCUGGGAAGAGAAAAAUGAGAACGGAUUCUGUUGUCAAAUCACAUGUGAAUUGCCAAGCUCGGUCAUCUUUAUCUUUGUAUGAUGGUUCAGCGAUAUCUUCUGUUGAUCGAAAACAAGGUAAAAUAUCAGAGCUAAAUUCAGAUAAAGCAAAUCCAGGGGACAAUAUCAAUAAUUCUGAAGUCACCACUUUAGAUGAAUCACCAAGAGAGAGGUAUAAGUCAUCUGACUUGGCAUCUGCAACUCCGGCAAAGUGUAAGACACCCGCGAAUGAUGCAUCACCUGUUUGUAUGGGUGAUGAAUAUUACAAACAAUCAUGCAAUAGAAAUCUUUCAAGAUCAUGUAAGGAGCUCCAUAGAGAACUUCAAAGCUUGAGGGACAUCAGAUCUGAAUUACUUACUCCGUCUAAAGAUUCAAGAAAGAGGAGGGACAUGACUGAUGUUCGAAUUCUUUACAGCCACCACUUGGAUGAAGAUAUUGUUAAGCAUCAGAAGAAGAUUUUAGCACGGCUUGGAGUUUCUGUGGCUUCCUCCAUUGCAGAUGCAACCCAUUUCAUAGCUAAUCAAUUUGUGCGUACAAGGAAUAUGUUAGAAGCUAUUGCUUUUGGUAAACCGGUGGUCACGCACUUAUGGAUUGAAAGCUGUGGUCAAGCUAGCUGUUUUAUUGAUGAGAGAAAUUACAUAUUGAGGGAUGUGAAAAAGGAAAAGGAGUUAGGUUUCAGCAUGCCAGUUUCACUAGCACAUGCAAUCCAGCAUCCUCUUUUAAAGGGUCGAAGAGUAUUGGUCACCACAAAUACUAAACCCAGUAAAGAGAUUGUUUCAAAUUUAACGAGAGCUGUUCAGGGCCAGGUAGUGGAGAAAGUAGGAAGAUCUGUUUUCAAGGGAGAUACAAUUUCCGAUGAUCUACUGAUCUUAUCUUGUGAAGAAGAUUAUGCCUCUUGUGUGCCUUUUCUUGAAAAGGGGGCAAUGGUGUACAGUUCAGAACUGUUGCUGAAUGGCAUUGUUACUCAGAAGCUGGAGUAUCAGAGGCAUCGACUUUUUGCAGACAUUGUGAAGAAAACUCGUUCCACCUUAUGGUUGAAAACAGAUGACAGAACAUUUAUUCCUGUGACUAAAUGUAAUUAGAGUGGCUCCAUUUUUACUUUUCCUCUUGAUCAUUUGUAGUUUAGGUCAUGUAGAUAUUUUCCAACACAUUUUCUAAGUCCCCCUCUCCGUAAUAUAUUUAUUAUGUAGAAAUCUUUGAAAGGUGUUUUUGCUCUUUUCUUUCAGUUUGCACCCUUCUGCGAUAAUGUUGUGACAAUUGUGAUUUGUGAGUGAUGCUCGUAAGACCCGAGGGUAUAAAUCUGUGGUAGCCGUGGACAUGGCUUGUGUUUGUCUGAUGAAAUAACGUAGUAUGUUGCAUUGGUGGUA